GUGUAAGAGUGUAACCUGUGGUAAUUUAAAGCUUGUCUAGUGACUACGUCUUGAUUCUAGAGUAAAAUUUAGUUUUGGAAUUAAGAUUCGUAAAUUGCUAUGAAUGAAAUAAAGUAGCAGAAAUUUGUGCCUAUAGCAAUUCGAUUUCCAUAUUUUUGUUAUAAUUAGUUCUACUAUCGCUUAAGCAUUGGAAAGAUGUUGAGUGCAUUUAUGUUUAUUUGAUUUAUUUAUCAACACCAGGUUAUAAAAUAUAUAAACUAUAUAACUUUAUUUACUUAUUACUCAAACGGCAUCAUGGAAACUGUUGACGAACAUCUAGUAAUUAGCUCUAGUAUAGAUGAUGUCAAAACGCAAAUCCACGAAGUAAAGCCGACCGACAACGCUGAUUUGAAUGUAUGUCACAAGUCCAAUGGAGUUGACUCUACUUCAAGUGUGGAAAUUAUAGUUGAAUCAGUAGAAGAAAACAAUAUUUUAGACCCUGAGCCUAAAGAUAUAGUUCUGCAGAAGCCGAUAGAGGAAAUGCCUGAAUCUGGAGAUAACAAUUCUGAACCUGCAAGAAAAGUUAAUAUAGGCAUUACCGAUUCUUUCAAUAUAAUUGAUAAUGACGGUUCAGAAGGAUCUAAGAGCCUUGCAGUUUCUGGUGAACAGACUGAAGAAAAACCAGAAAAACCUGUUGAAGUUAUGAAUGAGGUUUCAAGUAAAGACAUGGAAAGUAAUAUUGAACAACCUUCUGUUACUAAUGAAAAUAUUGUACCGUCUCUGGAUUGUAAAAAUGUUGAAAAUGAAGUACUCUCAUCUAUGGUUGAGGUAGAAGACCAUGAGGAAAAAGGUAAUAGUGGAAAUUUAGUUCUGAAUUCCACCACAGAAUUGUGUAAUGUCGAAUAUACAACAUUAAUUAAUGAAGGUAUUCAUUUUGAAACUGAGGUAUUAAUAGAAAAAAAUGAUAAUGAUGGGAACGAAAAUAUUGUUCAAACAGAAAUUUGUUGCAAUGAAGCUGUCUCUGGCAGUCAUAAUAAUAUUUUAAGUGAAUUGGAAGAGAAUAUUGAGUUAAGUGAAGUUCUUCAAUCAUCUGAUAUCAAUGAUACUUCAGAAAAUAAUAAUUCUACUGUAAAAGUAGAAGUAUUUAAUAAGGAGGAAUUGUUAGAUAUAUUAGAAGGUAAAGAUGUUCCCGAUCUGCAAACUGAAGAAAUUGUGAAAGAGAACACUGAAAUAAUGAGUUCAGAUCAGGAAGUUCAGCAAGCAUUAAAGCAAAUUACAAUGCUUAAAAAAAUUAGGAAACGGAGAACACCAAGAAAUGAACAACAGAUAUACAUAAAACAGUUAAAAAAACCUGUGAAAGAAAAUUUUGAAAACAAAGAGGAUAGUAUAAAAACUGAUGUAGAUGCUGGGAUAAAACGUAAUACACCAAAAAAUAAGGAAAAAGAUAAUUUAAAAACAUCAAUUGAAAAUCUAAAAGAUACAAAAAGUGAGCUGGUUGUUCUACCAAAACGAAGUGCUACAAAAAGUAAAGAAAAAGAAAAGGUAAUUGAAAACAUUGCUGUAGAGAAAGAAGAACCCAAAAAUGAAGUGACCGUUGAAUCUCAUGCAGAAAAGGAUAAAAAUAUUGUCAAUGAAUUAGUUAUGGAUUGGGAUGAUGAUGAACAACCUGAAACUAACAGUAUAGUUCCAAAGGCUGAAAAGAGUGACUUAGUUAAUGAGAAAGAAAUAGAGUUGGAAAAUUUAGAAAAUAAUGCAGAGCAAACUAGUCAAUCAUCUGUUGAUUGUUUAGUUACUGAAGAACAGCUGCAUAGUAAGAGUAUUGAAGAUUGUACUGGAAAAAGAAGAUUGUCACGUGUUAUCAAGAAAAAGGUUAUUUAUGAUCCAGACAACCCUGACACAUUUACUAAAAGCAAAACACCUUUAAAAUCUCUCUCAGGCAAAGAACAACCAUCUUUGAAAAAGGGUAAACUAGAAAUGCCUAUAUUAGAACAGAGGAAGUCAAGAAGUCCAUCAUCUAAACUUCAAUGGAAAAAACCUAGUCCAAGAAACAGCAAGCAACACAAAAGAUUAACUGAAGUGGAUAAGUUGCUAAUGGAUGAGGGUGCUGUCAAUAUGAUUUACCAAUUAACUCCUGAAGCAUCUAAAGGUAGAAAAAAUGUGAAAACCAAAGCAGAAUUUAUAAAAAAAUUACAAAGUUCAACUCCUGAUGGAAAGGAAAUGAAGUUCAGAGAAAGAAAAAAGGAGUUGAAAUAUGAAGAGGGGGAAGCAAAAAAGCUUUCAGGUGGUAAAUAUAGACCAUCACUAAGUAAUUCAGUUAAAUCUCCUGCAGCGAGUGAUGAUUUUGAGACUCACAGCGCUGAUGACUCCAUUAUUUAUCGUCGCCAUUCCUCGAGUUCAUAUUCAAGUAGCUGCAUGAGUCCCCGUCGUCUGAGUGAUGUGGAAGGCUCUCAAAAUACUAAACAAACAAAAAUAGAGGCACAAACUCUGAAUAACAAGAAAAUGAAUGAGUCACAAGAUCAGUCUCAAGAAUCAACAUUUUUAUCUGAUGUAAACCUAACUUUAAUAGAAGAAAAGAGUGACCUAAUUAACAAAGAAGAUUGUCUUUCUUUAAAAGAAAAACUCAAUUCAAAGUUGUCUCUUGCGCUAAAUAAAAGGAAACGAGAGAGUACGACAUUGGACAAACCAACUAAACAGAAAAAACUAAAACCUGAAGGUACCAACUUGAGUGAAAAAGAAAAUUCUGACAUGUUUAAAUUUGUAUCAGUAAAAAUAGAGCAGCAUCUGGCAGAAAUUUGUCUGAAAAAAACAGGACUUAAGGAUAGCAUUGAGGUUUUCAAUGAAAUAAAAAAGGCAUUGCUACAUAUAGAUGAAAACCCAGAUGUUGCAGUGACUUUGCUCUCCUCACAAUGUGGAACUCUCUGCUCUAAUCUAGACUUGAGCAUACUUUUAGAUGAAAAUAGUGAAAUCAGGCACAAAAAUGCAUACAAUCUUGCAGAAUCAGUAAGGGCGCUGUUGUCUGCUGCAAGUGGACACAGCAAGCUCCUUUGUUGUGGCGUAUGGGGCGCUUGCUCCGGGCCGGCAGUGUCACUAGUGUCUUUAUGUGACUUGGCUUUAGCGUCCGAAUGCGCCACUUUCGCUUUGGCCGUACCCGCCGCGCCCCCAUUGCCUGGCGCAGCGGCCAUUGUUGCGCCACAUCGCGGCCUACCGCAGUCACUGGUGAGUGAUUUGGUGGUCCUCGGUCGUCGUAUAUCAGCGUCAGAGGCACUGAACGGCGGACUAAUUAGUCGCACUCUGUGGCCUGACAGGUUUGACGAACAAGUCAGGAACAUUGUAAGGGAUAUCGCCCUGGAACCACCAAACGGCACACUUCUUAAGAAGCGGCUUCUUACUUUGAGAAAGUGUGGAGGGGCCGAGCAGUCUUUCUUGACCAGCUUGGAGUCUGAAAGGGAUCUUCUCGUCACCUACUGGACAUCAGAGGAAGGUCAGGCACUUUUAAGAGCGGCUCUUGACGCCGCUUAAACUGUAUGACUUUAACUAUAAACCGUUUCCAUCUGAUACAAUUGAAGGUCAUAUUUUAACUCUUAACUAUCUAAUUGACCGUUGUGAUUAUUAUGUGAGAGAUCUACUUCAGUAUCUUUAUUUUGUAACCUUACAUUUAGAAUUGCAAAUAUUUACGUAAUUUUUUAUGGAUCUUUAAAUAUUGCCACAUUUUUGUCACCGUAUGAUAUGUAUCACGUUUUUGUUAGGAUAUUUAAAAAGACAAUUGUGCUAUAAUUCCAAAAAAUCGCCAGAUGAAACGGUUAAAGCUUUUUGAAAUUUCUUCAUAGUUAACUAUACUUUUAGUAACAUCUCGCUAUUUUUUUUCUUUUUAAAUCUUCUCUUUAUAACUUUUAUUUAAAAGAAAUUACUGUUUACUAGUUAACACUUAAAAGAUGAUCGAGAUAUAUUUGCUUUGUAUGUGAUGAAUUUUGAUGAACAUGGUCAAUUAUAAAUACAGCUCUAUAAAUAUAGGCCUUCUGACUUGACCAAUUGCGUUACUUUAUAUUGGUGGACUAUUUCAUAGUAGUUGAAACUAUACUUUUUUUUUUGAAACGGUAAAUAUAUUUUUAUACAUUAUACUAAAUCAACUUUUACACACACAAAGGGAUAAUGUGUUAUGUAUGGAACGUAAUAUAAUGGUGUCUUAAGUCUAGUUUUAUUAACGAGUUAAAUAUAUCGGAUAGAGUGAAUGGUUUGAAUGGGAUUCACCUUAUCAUAUCGAAAUAGUUUUUCAAUGUUAAACGUGUUUAAAAUAUACAAAAUUAGAAUUAAGUAUUGUUAAGGACAAUUUAAUACAAUAAUUUGGCAUUUUUUUUGGUAACGUCAAACCAUGUUUUUAAAGAAAUAUAAGAAUAUAUGAAAUUUCUUAUGUUUUACGUUAAAAAAAUCACUUUCAUGUUUUAUUUGGUAAAAGACUGCUGUUUAAAACGUGGUUAAGACGUUGCAUGUUUUGAAAAAGUGUUAAAUUAAGGGUUUUAGAUCUUAAGAAAUAGAUUAUAUUGUUAUGUUGUAGAUUAAAUUGUUUAUCUAUUUGUUUUAGAUGUUUAUUUCUUUAUAUAAAGGAUGCAAAAUAGUUUAUGAUUUCAGCCAAAGUUAUGCACUGACUUACAUAUAAAUUGAUAAAUUGUCAUAGGUGACGUAAUUUACAUACUAUCUUUUAAUAUUAAGUAAUUUACAUUUGUAUUUUCGGUGCAAUUCAUUCCUUGGCCCUAAAGCCUGUUUCUGUAGUCUGGCUCGCUGUCGCAUCAAAACUGUGAAAAUGACAAUUUUAAAUCUGCCAUGGCGUCCUGCUACGUUGACGGGUUUUUGCCUCAGGCCCCUUAUCUGUGAAGUCUACCUUGAUUGGGGUAUUCAUUUAUCAGAUUAAUUUCGAAUACAAGUAGAUUUACCUAGAUGUAAUUUGAUUAGUUUUAUUUGUGUUUAAGCAUAGCAAUAACUUAUUUUCUGUUUUUUUGGAGAAAAUAAAGUGCCUUU